UGAGGCGCCUAAUUUGUUUUCACUUUCUGCAGUGUCUUGGAGAAGCGUUUCAUUUUGGGGGUCAUUCUCUCACAUCAACUGCUAAACAAACAGAGACAAGAGUAAUGUCUCAGUACAACCUUCGUUCCCGUGGACCUUUGAAGGUGGAACUUGGACAUGGACCAGGAGCCCUGACGGCUGCGGGCGAACUAAAGCCCCCGUUGGGGAGGGGUGCUUCUACAGGACCGGUGGUGGAAACAGCAUCAAACGAAAGGGAAAGUUCUAGCACGUUACUGUCAUUAGGAGACGGACAGUUGUUCGUGGUGCUGCUGACUGUGCGGUUGCUGAAUGCAGCAGUGGUACAGACAGCACAUGUGCCUGAUGAGUACUGGCAGUCUAUGGAGGUGGCACACCAUAUGGUCUUUGGCUAUGGUUACCUAACAUGGGAGUGGCAGGCAGGGCUGCGAGGGUUCACUUACCCACUGGUGUUUGCUGCCCUUUACAAGGGUCUGGCUGUCUUCAGGCUGGACAGUGUCACCUUAUUGGUUCUUCUCCCAAGACUACUCCAGGGAUUCUUUACAGCACUAUGUGACCUUUACCUAUUUAAGGUCACCAGGAAGUUACAUGGCGAAGGUGUAGCACAGUGGACUCUAUUGUGCCAGAUUCUGUCUUGGUUUAUGUUUUAUUGUGGACCCAGAACUCUGACCAACUCCAUGGAAACAGUCCUCACUACAGCUGCUCUGUACUACUAUCCCUGGCCACAGGAAGCUUCAACAACAGGGUCAAGUAAACAGGUGGUGAUGUAUCUGAGUCUCGCUGCUCUGUCCUGUGUGGUGAGACCCACAGCAGCCAUCAUGUGGAUUCCAUUGUGCAUGCUACAUUUAGUCAACAGUGGGAGCAAGCUGCAUACAGUCACUCUGCACUUUAUACCAGUUGGAUUAGGGGCUCUCACAUGGUCUGCUGUUAUCGACAGGAUUUUCUAUGGGAAGUGGGUGCUGGUUCAGUACAACUUCCUGGAGUUCAACGUCCUGAGUAACAUGGGCUCAUUCUACGGCAGCCACCCCUGGCACUGGUACAUCAGCCAGGGCUUCCCUGUUACCAUGGCAACACAACUUAUUCCCUUCAUCUUCGGUUCUGUGAAGUUCUGGAGGAAGCAAAUGCUGGCUUUGCUGGUCAUUCUAUGGACAGUAGUGGUGUACAGCUUCCUUGGUCACAAGGAGUUUCGUUUCAUCAUGCCAGUAGUGCCUCUAGCCAUGAUGUCUUGUGGCCUGUGGUUACACUGGCUGACUCCAUGGCUGCGGGUCACCACAGUGGUGUUCCUUCUGGUGACUAACCUCCCCCUGGCCCUGUACACCAGCCUGGUGCACCAGAGAGGCACUGUGGACGUCAUGUCAUUCCUGAGCCAGGAAGCAGACAGACAUGGGCAGGACAUGUCUGUGUUGUUCCUUAUGCCUUGCCAUUCAACUCCCUUUUACAGUCAUGUUCACCACAACAUCAACAUGAGGUUUUUGGAAUGUCCCCCUGACUUGGAGAGAAGACCAGACUACAUGGAUGAAGCUGACAUAUUUUACCAGGACCCCUCGGCAUGGUUGAAAAACAACCAUGGGCCAGAUGUCCCACUCCCAACACAUCUUGUCAUGUUCAACACUCUACAUUUGGACAUAGAAGACUUCCUCACAGAGAAACAAUUUUCCAAGUGUGCAGAAUACUUCCACACCCACAUCACAUUGGAAAGAAGAAUUGGCAACUAUGUGCAAGUCUACUGUCAACAGCAGGCCACAUAACUUAUACAACAGAGAGCUCCAUAACAUAUUCCUAAAGAUGUCAUGAUGACAAAUCAUAACAUAUUAAUAUCUUAACUUCUUACUCAUGCAUACUCAAAAGUACUUUAGAUUGAUACUUUUUAAAACCUAUUCUUUUAAAUAACAAAAUGAAAGGGGGAUCUUUUAAAUAACAGAAUGAAAACGAACAGAAAAAAACCUCAACACAUUAUUUCCUGUAUCAAUUCCAGAGCUGCAUAAUGAUUGAUUUCAGCUGUUUGUAUUUCAGAAUUUUGGUUGUUGUAAUUGAAACAUUGUCACACCCCCUGUAUGCUAUUUUAGAUUAAAUAAAAAUAUUUUAAAGAGUAAGAAAGAGAGAGCGUCUUUAGAUAUGAAAUAUCAAAAGUCUAGAAUUCUGGUUUAUGUAGCAUACAUGAAUGCUACAGCACAGCUUCUUAUUGAUUUGUCAGUACCUGUGUUCAUUCCGAUCUAUUAUCUUUAAAAUGUACAUGUUUAUCACUGCAUUAAAUGCUAUUGAUAGAUUGGGAAACACCAAAUAAUAUGGUACAAACAAACAAAUUAAAGUACAUUUGAAUAACUGCUUUUUUAAUCUUUGAAGCAUACAAAGCAGUGUUAGAAAACGAAAUAAAAUCCUACUUUUUCAAAG